AUGCCUCAAGCUACCUUGCAAAGCAGUCCAGAGCUCACCAUAACUCUGGAUAAAGAAACUACGUUCACCGCCGGUGAGACAAUUUGUGGCCGUGUUAUCCGCAAGUCCCACAUUGUGGACCCGGAUGCCUCGAUCAUUGUCCGUCUAUACGGGAGAGCCGAGGUCAAAAUCCAUUUUGCCGGGGGUAUGACCCAACAAACAUGGCGCAGCUGUUUCAAUCUUUUCGGUGGCUCGAGGGACAGUGUGAACAUCCACCAGGGACCCCUGCAUAUCCCGCCCAAUAGCCCCGAAUAUGGGAGCUGGCCGUUUGCUAUUAUACUCCCCACACAUCCCGACCCGGCGUCUCUCUUGAGAGAUAAUGCGGAUGAAAGGAGUUAUCUGCCUUUGGGUGAUGUCUCAUCACAAGCGUUGCCCCCCACCUUUUACGUGAAAGCCACGGCUAUCGGUAGGGUUGUCGAAGGAUAUGUCCAGUAUUACCUGGAAGCGACGCUGCUUGGUAGCGGUAAGAAAAAGUACCAAGCCACUCAGCCAUUUUCUGUGCGCCCGAUCUCAUCGCCGGGUGCAAUCACCGACUUCGACACCCAGCAUCGUUCCGAGUUUAGGCGGAGAAUAGUCUCGCAGCGCUUAGUCCCAGGCAUGGACUCCAAACUGUCCGUCGGCCAACAAAUGAAAAAAUUCCUCGGUUCAUCCAAAGUUCCGGGCUACUCAUUCUCUCUCCAGUUGGAUAUUGCCACUGUCCUACAAAUUGGAAAUCCUCAUACGAUUCCUCUGCGGCUGCGAAUAAAACCAAUCUGGGAAGAUACAAGUGAAAUCCUCAACAAUGUGCCGCAAACAAUUCUAGUCAAGCAGUUCACUCUGAGGCUGGUAUUGACAACCCACUACACUUCCAAGCGGUUGAGAGCGAAGGAAUUGCAGGAUACGUCCUCGCUCCUCUUGGCAAAUCAUACUUCGAAGCAGAGUCUCAAGGACGCUCAUAUAGGUGCACCCACAACUGCAGAUAUACUCAUGGUGCCUCAGGAUGACGCAUCUCCACCUCUCGAUCUAGGCAUUGCCCUGGGAAUACGAGCAUCUAAGGGCUCUCAGGGAGAAGAGAUAUAUCCAACAUUCACAACUUAUAAUAUGAAAAAUGAGCAUCAUCUCGAAUGGGAGCUGGAACUCGCAUUGGCAGGAGAGGUUUCUAAGCAUGACGGAAAGCAGCAAGUUACUGUGAUGGGGCCAAGCUAG